UUCCAAAGUUGUUGAAUGUUAACUCGUUUCAUUUCCAUUUUUAAAGCUGGAACCGCUAACUGUAUAAUUGAUAAAGCUCGACGUAAUUGGUGUCCCUACUGUAGAUUAGAGAAAUGCUUCAAAGUAAAUAUGAACAAAUUCGCUGUACAGGAAGAACGUGGUCCAAGGAAAAAUAAAAAGGGUAAACCUGGAAUCAAAAACAAUUCAAUAUCGCCCUCGUCACCCACCUUUUCAACUGGACCAACGGGAACAGGAUUGAAUAACCAAUUACAACACCAAUCUUCAUCAACUUUAACAUUGUUAAAUCAUCAACAUGACAAUCUUCAUCACCAUUCAAACUGUUUAACCAAGGAUGUUUUAGAAGCAUGUCGAUCAAACAAGUUAAUUAAACCUAUGCCAAUACCUUUUCCAUGCUUACCUGUUUCAGGUUAUCAUGCAUUUUCAUUAGGAGCUUCAUCAACAACUUCACCAUUUGCAUCCAAUUCUUUACCAGUAACGUUGAGUGAAUUAGGAUUGUCAAAACCAGUAAACUAUCGAUCAAAUUUCGAUCCAUAUCCAUUUAGAAAUCCGAUUUCAAACACUUCAACAUCAUCAUCAUCACCAGUAACAGCCUCGGCAUCAGCUGCAGCCGCUGCUUGGUCACUAUCAACUAAAUUAUUAGCAGCCAAUUAUCAAAUUGCUUCAUUGAGCUCUCUCCUUCACCAUCACCAUUCAUCUUCGUAUGGACAACAAAAUCAUCAUGCAUCACAACCUCAAUUUGGUCGUUCUUCGCUCCUGACAAGUUCAACGCCAUUCUAUUCAGGAUUAGCCAAUUACUCUUCAAUCGCAUCAACACCAAUAGGAAAUCAAACAAGGCAAUCUUCAUUAGAAACAGGAUUCUCCAAUCCUUAUCUAGAUUCAACAUUCAAUGUUUAAUCAAAUUGUAGCUAUUAGCUAUUAUAUUGAAAGAAAACCGUAAUCUGAACAUCUCGUGAAAACUGUUUUGUGGGGAAAAAACUUGACUAAGAACCAAGCUGAUACAAAUAAAAGUUGAGUUUUAUGUA